UUUGCUUCGUUCAUAUAGAGCACCAGUUUCAUAAUAUAUUUCAAAGUGGUGGUAGAUCAACUUGUAUAUUUCAAUUAUAUCAUCAUCAUUUUGUCCUUAAAAUGUGGAAGAAAGAAAUUCUUGUUUUAUUUAUCAUACUCAGUGCUUAUCAGGCCUCGGGUUUGAUAGAAGACAUGCUAUCAAUGGGGAAAACCCUGUGGAAGCUUGUGGGGAAGCUUCAAGACGUUCAGGACCAUUUCGACGCUACUACAAGGGCUUGGGACACAAUAGUCUUUAAUCCUUCAUCUGAUGAUAAUACUGAACAACUUGAAUUCAUAUCCAAACAAAUCUCGGAAUUUAAAACGUUCGCUACAACUCACUUCAAUGAAAUACAACGACUGUUAAAAGCGUUGCCAGGGAAAAUUAAAAUUGAUGAUUAUGAAAAAGACUAUAGAAUUUAUGUUGGUCGGAUCGAUGCCAUGCAUGCUGACCUCAUGGAUUUUCUCGAGGACAAAAAGGUAUCAGAAUGGAAAGAAGGAAAACACAUAGAAGAGGAGGUGAGAAAGAUACUUCCCGAAUUGGCCAUUAUACUGGGUGCAAACGUAAACGGUGAAGGACUUAUCAAAUUCAUUGCUGAACAAGAAGAGCAUUUCCAAAAAAGUAAUGAAAUAGAAGCAUUUCAACAGUACUUGAUUCAAAUCUUCGAAACAAUAAUGAUAACUGAAAUGAAGGCCCUACAUUUAAUAGGUUCGAGUUUGAGGGCACAAGGGCUGACGCCAAAAGAGUGGGGUUCUAGGACGAAUCGUGCUCUGCACAGAUUUGAAGAUCGCUAUAAGGUUUACAUCGCUAUUAUGUUGAACGUUCUGCAUAAAACUUCGCCAUUUAUAAGAGCUGGUGAGCCUCAACUCGGUCGAUGGAUUAAAGACGAUCCAAAUUUGGGAUAUUAUGAAAUCGGAUCGUUCAAGUCCACUUUCGUUUAUUUACACACCGUAAUAGGAGCUUCUACAAUCGGUAUGGGUUCGGAAACUUGCGAGCAGGGUAUAACAGGUUUUUGGGGUUGCCCGAAUUUAACAGGAGAAAAGAAUUGGUGUGUCGAGACGAGAGGGGAACUGAAUUUAUGUGUGGAAAACGACAAUGUCGUAUCAGCAACAUACGACGGUCUCGGAUCAGUAAAAUUGGGGUCCAGAAAAACACACGGCAGAAAGGAUUCUUGCCCCAUUGACAAUCAAUUGUUUUUUGUGAAAGUCCCCAAAAGUCCGUCCGGGGUCCCCGUCACUAGGUGUCUGUGCAAAUGUCAUCGAUCCUCAGCACAUUCGAUCAGUUUGAGCUGGAGUCACACGGAUGUGGUGAACAAUAAGGUUGUCACUGGUGUACGAUUCAUACAAUACAAUAGAAGUCUUCAUAUUCAAAUAAAGCAGGGAAAAUUAAUAAAUGACGGUAAAGUUGAUCCAGCCACAGAGAGUUGGGUGCCUCUGCCUUCCAACCCAGAAGUAAUGCCUAUAACCUGGGAGUCCAAAACUUUUAAGCUCAAUAAUCCUACUCUGCCGUUUGGAUAUGCUCUUGUUGGAGUUCAGUUUGAUAAUGUGUCAGGCAGUGCCGCCAUUAGAAUACUGGGGAAAAAGUUUGAUAUGAAAGAUGCAGUAUUGCGGCCAGGCCUUGUUCAGGUUUCUACGGAGCCUCAACAUAAAUUUGAUAAAUUAACCAUUGCAAAAAAUAAUCCACUGUUGGGUGCACCAACUGUUUCAAACAAACCCGAUUCCGGUGAGAACCAUCAUUUCAUCGAACUGGAGACUGCGCCCAUAAAUAAUGAUUUUAUGCAGCCGACACUACCAUUCUUCGAUGGAAUACCUAUCGAAACUAACCCACCAAGAGCAUUAUCGGGAAUUGGAUUAUUUCAUAAACAUGUUGAAAAUUAUGCUGGAUUCAUUAGCUUGCAGUUGCGUUCACUUCCAUUCAUAAGAUAUGUGUCACAGUUGAUGAUGGACUACAAACGCAACAGCCUAUUGGAGGAAUGUAACGGGAGUGAAUGCAGAUUGGAUUGGAUCCUAGAUUUAGGCCGGAGAGUAAGCACCAUGAUGCAGGAAUUGUCUGAACUAGCUUAUGGUGAUAAUGUGAAACUAAAACUGAAGAUGCGGCUAUCAUUCAAAGAAAUUAUGCUGAAGCUCGAUAGUAUGAAAGAUGUCAUGGAUAUGACGCAUCUCGUGGCUGUGAUGAAAAAAUCGGUACACUCAUCUCUCCGAGAAAAAGUGGAAAAGUGGGCGGCAGAAGCUAAGCCAAUACUGGAGCAAAUAGAUGAACCAUACGAGUGGUUUGCCAAUACAGAUAUGCCGGUCAAUUUUACGUAUGCAAAAUCGUUGGCACCCAGAAUAAAAGAAAAACUGCCGGAUUUCGAAACUUUCCUCAGAUCAUCACUAUCUUUCAAGUCACACCGACAGGAUAACUUCAUCACUGCUAUUUCCAGAAGUUCUCGUGUUGACAAAGAUUCAUGCAGAGGUACGCAAUCGAUGCACCAUAUCCUCACUCAGCUCUUCCAUACAAUAAUAGCCUACGAAGUGAAAUCUAUGAUUGUACUAACUUACAUUUACAAAGUGGAAUAUCCUCACCGAGAGACCUGGAGUAAGGAACUAUUGGAGGCCCGAACCAAAUUCAUUACUCGAUUCACCAACUACGUCAAAUUAUUUGUUAAAGCCUUGAAUAAAUUUCCAUCACAUAUACAAAGCUGUGAUCCCACAAACGCUGAUACUACUCAAGGUAAAAUUCAUAUCGAAAUCAAAGAGUCCAGUCAUCUAUCCACCUUCAGUUAUCUUAAAAAAAAAAAAAAGUAUACCUGCACAGAUGCCGUUAAAAACGAAAAAAUGAUGUGGUAUAAUAAUCAAGACAAGUGUCCUGGAAGUAUUGAUGGAUGUAUUCCUGUAAAACGAGUCGUUAUUUGUCACAAGGAAAAUACUCGCACGGUGAGUGCAUGGAACCUGGAGAAGAACUUGCUGUAUAGUUGUGUGGAAAAAGGAGGAAAAACGGAGGCUCAUGACAAUAAUAAGACGAGCCAGAAUUGUCUUUGCACCUGCAACACUGAAACCUCGACUUCCGUCAGUUUGAACUUCAAUCUUGCUAAUAGUUCCGAGAAUAUGGUCAUUACCGGUGUAAAAUUUGUACUCCAAGACCAUGUUCUUCACAUACAAAUAAAACAGGGACAAUUGCUGCCACACGGUCGGGUUGACCUCUCCUCAAAUCAUUGGGUUGACCCUCCGAAGAAGCCAAAGACAAUAACCAUAAGUCCAAUUCACCAAAGAUUAAUCUUCAGUGAACUCAGUUUUUCAUCGGAUUAUGCUGUGACUGGUAUUGGAUUUUUCGAAAAGAACGGAUUUGGUCUAAGGGUACGGGCACAAAGAUUCAACUUCGAGAACGGAACAUUGUUGUCCCGGCAUAUAAUAAAAUAUGGAACAAUCAGUAGCAAAGACGACAAAAGACAUAACGAAAAGGAAAAUGUCGAAAAUCCUGACGACCUAGACUGGGUGGAUUUGGUCCCAGCUCCGAUCAAAAUGGGUGGCUCACGCUACGCUCCACCUCGGUUCAAUGGUCUUAGUGUUGAAGUUGAUCCACCAACACCAAUUGGAGGCGUUGAAAUAUUUCAUCAAAUGCCUACAAAAGAUAAGGGAUUCAUUUCACUCAGAUUGCACUCACUCAAUUUCAAAUCCAAUUUGGAAUAUUUUAUGAAUCAGACCCUGGAGGAACGCGCAUUCCUAAAGGGUUUCUGAAUGUCCGCCUGGAUAGGAAAUUAUAGAAAUCAGUGAUAUUAAUGAAUCGUUGAAAAAGAAAAUAAUAUAAUGGUAUAAUGUAAUAAUGAAUAGUAUUGUAUGCAAAAUAAAUUCCAUACAGGUUGCAUAA